CCGUUCCCCUGUCCCAGCCAAAACAAGCGGCCCACAGACAAGCAGACAAUAUCUGACCAGCUCGCAACAAUACAAGCCAGGAACUUUUACAAACGACACUUUACUAUUGACGUUCACGUUUCUGCAACGGUCAAAGGACGGUGUCAUGGUCGGAGCAGGCGGUGUUUUCCGGGCCGCGGUAGAUACGGUCUCGUAGAUUCAGGAGCUUUUGGAAAUGGCUUCGAGCUGCAACGCGACGUAGACGGACAGCGCACAAAGGGAGCUCGCAGGGCGCACAGCGCUAGCUAAACAUCCGCUAUGGAGUAGGCGGUGCCGUUAGCCGUGCUGCUCCAGGACCGUUCUACCGACCGAAUCUCACCGAGCGGAGCCAUGGCCGUGUCGCUGAUGCAGGCGUGCCGCAGCCUGGCCUUGUCAACCUGGCUCAUCUCCUUCUGCUUCGUCCAUCUGCUAUGUCUGGAUUUCACCGUGGCCGAGCGCGAGGAGUGGUACACGGCGUUUGUAAACAUCAGCUACAUGGACCCCGCGACCGCUGAGGCACGGUCCGAGAAAACGGAGUGUGGACGCUACGGGGAACACUCUUUAAAACGUGACGCCCGAGGAGUUGUCGUGCUACCGGCUGUCCCGCACGACAGACAAGCCUGCGACCCCAACACCCGGUUCUCGGUGCCCGCUCACGCUAGCUCGUGGAUCGCUUUGAUAUCUCACGGUAACUGCUCGUACAAGGAGAAGAUCCGCCACGCUGCAAGUCAGAACGCGUCCGCCAUCGUCAUAUUCAACGUGGGAUCCACUAACGCCAACGACACGAUCACCAUGCCCCAUUCAGGGAUGGGGGACGUGGUAGCCAUCAUGAUCCCGGAGCCUAAAGGUCGCGAGGUCGCCGCCCUGCUGGAGCGUAACGUCACGGUAACCAUGCACAUCACCAUAGGAACACGUAACCUGCAGAAGUACGUGAGCAGGACGUCGGUGGUGUUCGUGUCCAUCUCCUUCAUCGUGCUGAUGAUCAUCUCCCUCGCCUGGCUCGUCUUCUACUACAUCCAGAGGUUCAGAUACGCCAACGCCCGCGACCGCAACCAGAGACGUCUGGGGGACGCAGCUAAGAAGGCCAUCAGUAAACUGCAGAUACGCACCAUCAGGAAGGGAGACCAGGAGGCGGAGCCAGACUUUGAUAACUGUGCUGUGUGCAUCGAGGGUUACAAGCCCAACGACGUGGUCAGAGUUCUGCCCUGCAGACAUGUGUUCCACAGGGGCUGUGUGGACCCCUGGCUGCAGGACCACCGUACCUGCCCCAUGUGCAAGAUGAACAUCCUGAAGGCCCUGGGCAUCGCUUUGAAUGCAGACUGCCUGGACGACCUCCCCCUGGAGUACGAGGCCUCCCUGGGGGGCGGGGGGGUGGGGGGGCUGGCGCUGGAGGUGCUGGUGUCGGGGGGCUCCAGCGAGGGGGCCCUGGGCGAGGGGGAGGGGGGGGUUCUGGACCCGGGGGUGAGGAGGGUGGGGCUUCCGCAGGACCACGACCCUGACACUCUGAGGGAGUCACCUGGAACCGCCACCACUGACACACACACAGGUGAGCUCCAGCCAAUGGCCAGCAGUGCCUCCCUGGCCUCCCUGGUGAUCGCCGUGGAAACGGGCCUGUCGGACGAGGAGCUGUCUUUGGGGUCGCCCCUCCCUGGAGAGAAGUCCUGAGGGGGGGGCUGGUCGGGCGGCCGGGAUGGCUGGGGCCGGGCCAGAGAGAGACAGGAACAGACUGUUGACAUGAACAUGCUUACCUGAGACCUCACCUCACCUGGCUGGAUGUUGGAGGAGAUCACCUAGGCUGACCCUGUCCAGGUGGGCCCUUCAGAAGGUGUGUUUACCUGUCUGGAACACAGACUCACCUGGAUGGGGGUCUGGAACACAGACUCACCUGGAUGGGGGUCUUGAACACAGACUCACCUGGAUGGGGGUCUGGAACACAGACUCACCUGGAUGGGGGUCUGAAACACAGACUCACUUGGAUGGAGGUCUGGAACACAGACUUACCUGGAUGGGGGUCUGGAACACAGACUCACCUGGAUGGGGGUCUGGAACACAGACUCACCUGGACACACCUGACUCACCUGGACACACCUGACUCACCUGGACACACCUGACUCACCUGGACACACCUGACUCACCUGGACACACCUGACUCACCUGGACACACUUACAGGAUUUUCACCUGAUCUAAUCGAACACCAAACUAGAACUGCAUUCCUUUUUUGGCCUGGACUUUUAUUGUGAAAAGGGCGCUAAGGACUCUGGGAGACGUAGUACAAUGUGCCAGGCUGACAUCUUUUUCUUUUCUUCCUGUGUUUUUGACCUAGAAAUGGACUGUAACAGUGAACCACAUGGUGUUGCCAUGGUUACACACCAGUGUUGUAUUGAACUACAGUAUUUUCUGGUUUAUAUGUGAAUAUUAACCUAGAUCCUAUAUCUAUACCAUGUAUUUAAAGUGUUUUUCUUUUUUCUC